AUGCCCUCCCAAUUUGAGAAACAGAGUUACUGGCAGCGGCGGUUUGCCUCUGAAACCUCUUUUGAAUGGCUAACGUCGUCCGCCACUUUCAUGGAGACCAUCUCUCCUUACCUUGAACGCCUUCCUGGUUCUAUCAAAAUCCUACACCUGGGUUCGGGGACGAGCGAUCUACACAUUCACCUUCGCCAACGUGGUUUCUCCGACGUCACCAACAUCGAUUACGAGCCACUUGCUCUGGAGCGGGGACAACAGCUUGAGAACGAUCGUUUCGGCAACGUGCGGACAAAGUACGCGGUUGCAGACGCCACGCGGCUCGAGCUGGGGGAAGAGUAUGGGCUCAUCAUCGACAAGAGUACCGCCGACGCCAUUGCAUGUGGUGAGGAUAGCGCCGUGUUCUCCAUGGCAGAGGGAGUUUGCCGUUCUUUGGAUGACAAUGGGUUUUGGAUUUCGCUGAGUUACUCCCCGUGGCGCUUCGAGCAUGUGCAAUCGCUGUUCAAUGUUGAAGUCAUCAGCAAACUUCCAACACCAAAGCACAAGUUGAAUGACCCGGACAUCUUCCACUACUGUUAUCUCUUGCGGCCACGGGAGCAACUCUCACGGGCUUAG